CGGAGAAUUGCUCACGUGACCGAGAUCUCACAUGACGUAGGAGCUCACGUGAUCAAUCGCUUACGUGAGCAGAAGUUCUGGUCGUCGUCUUGUCGUCUCGCUAUUGCCGUUUGAGGAAAAAAGGAGGAAAAUUAGCCGGUAUCUCUAGAGCCACACUGAAAUUGCAUUGAGCUCACUUGCCACCAAGAGCCCAAGAGUCAUCAUGAUGCUGAGCACAGAAGGAAGGGAGGGGUUCGUGGUGAAGGUCAGGGGUCUACCCUGGUCCUGCUCAGCUGAUGAAGUGAUGCGCUUCUUCUCCGAUUGCAAAAUCCAAAAUGGUACAUCAGGAAUUCGUUUCAUCUAUACCAGAGAAGGCAGACCAAGUGGUGAAGCUUUUGUCGAACUUGAAUCUGAAGAUGAAGUGAAACUGGCUUUGAAGAAGGACAGAGAAACAAUGGGACACAGAUAUGUUGAAGUAUUCAAGUCCAACAGUGUUGAAAUGGAUUGGGUGUUGAAGCAUACUGGUCCGAAUAGUCCAGAUACUGCCAACGAUGGUUUCGUCCGCCUUAGAGGACUCCCAUUUGGCUGUAGCAAGGAAGAAAUUGUUCAGUUCUUUUCAGGGUUGGAAAUUGUGCCAAAUGGGAUGACACUGCCGGUGGACUUUCAGGGGAGGAGCACAGGGGAGGCUUUUGUGCAGUUUGCUUCCCAGGAGAUAGCUGAAAAGGCCUUAAAGAAACACAAAGAAAGAAUAGGGCACAGGUACAUCGAAAUCUUCAAGAGUAGCCGAGCUGAAGUUAGAACCCACUAUGAUCCCCCUCGAAAGCUCAUGGCUAUGCAGAGGCCAGGUCCCUAUGAUAGGCCAGGGACUGGCAGAGGCUAUAACAGCAUUGGUAGAGGGACUGGGUUUGAAAGGAUGAGACGGGGUGCCUAUGGUGGAGGGUAUGGAGGCUAUGAUGACUACGGUGGUUAUAAUGAUGGGUAUGGCUUUGGGUCUGAUAGAUUUGGAAGAGACCUUAAUUACUGCUUUUCAGGAAUGUCUGACCAUAGAUAUGGAGAUGGUGGGUCCAGUUUCCAGAGCACCACAGGGCACUGUGUACACAUGAGGGGAUUACCUUACAGAGCUACUGAGAAUGAUAUUUACAAUUUUUUCUCUCCUCUUAAUCCCAUGAGAGUACACAUUGAAAUUGGACCCGAUGGCAGAGUUACUGGUGAGGCAGAUGUUGAAUUCGCUACCCAUGAAGAUGCUGUGGCAGCUAUGGCAAAAGACAAAGCUAAUAUGCAACAUAGAUAUGUGGAGCUCUUCCUGAAUUCUACUGCAGGAACGAGUGGAGGAGCUUAUGAUCACAGCUAUGUAGAGCUCUUCCUGAACUCUACAGCAGGGGCCAGUGGUGGCGCUUAUGGAAGCCAAAUGAUGGGAGGGAUGGGCUUGUCCAACCAGUCUAGUUACGGGGGUCCUGCUAGCCAGCAGCUGAGUGGUGGUUAUGGAGGUGGUUACGGUGGUCAGAGCAGUAUGAGUGGAUACGACCAAGUUCUGCAGGAAAACUCCAGUGACUAUCAGUCCAACCUUGCUUAAUCUACCAGAGCAGUUAGGAAUACUAAGCAGCUACUAUAGAAGGGAAAGCUAUGCAUUGAGGGAAGAAUAGAGUGAGAGGAUGUCUAGUAUAUCCUGUAUGCUCAGUAAAUGGGAAAUAAAAUACAACUGAUUUGAUCAUUCUUGGUCAGCUUUCUCUUUCAUUCUUUUUCUUUUUUUUAUUUUAAGAAAAAAAAUUGUUUAACAGUUUUGCAUUACAGGCUUGUGAUUCAAUGCUUACUGUAAAGUGGAAGUCAAGAUUGUUUUAAAACUUCAAGCUCAGUAAUUUUGACCAUUGAAAAACAUUCAUUUAGGGUGAAAUAACAAAAUUCAGUAUUGACCAUAACUGUUUCAACAGCUUUCAGCUUUCCUCAAGUUAGUUAUGUUGUAGGAUUGUACCUAAGCAGUAAGCGUAUUUAGGUUAAAGCAGUUUCACUUAUGUUACAUGUUGCUCUUAUACCACAGUACACUGAAAACAUUGGAUGCAUGUUGACAAACAUGCUUUUCUGUAAAACUCAAAUAUAGGAGCUGUGUCUAUGAUUCAAAAUGACAACAUUUGGCAUGUUCUAGCUUUUUGGUUUAAUAUCCUGUAAGGCAUAUGAGUGUACACUUUCUUUUUUUUUUAAGAUCCAAGACAAUUUUGAGAUGUAUUACCAAUACUUUAGGACUUUGGUUGUGUCAUUUGUAUAAAACAAGGCUUUGAUUUAGAUCUUCUCCUUGUAUUGUGAUUUUCAUUAGAUGUACUGUACUAAGUGAAACUUGUUAAAUAAAUUUUCCUUUUAAAAACUA